AUGGAGAGCCAAAGAAUAAUUUUCUUGUCUUUGUUUUUAUCUCUUCUUCUAACCACUGCAUUUGCUCAACUGAGAACUGAUUUCUACAGAAAUACAUGCCCUAAUGUCGAAUCCCUCGUCCGGUCAGCGGUCCAAAGAAAAUUCCAGCAGACUUUUGUCACUGCCCCGGCAACUCUCCGGCUCUUUUUCCACGAUUGUUUUGUUCGGGGUUGCGACGCGUCGGUGCUACUGGCAUCGCCAAACGGGAAGGCCGAGAAGGACCAUUCUGACAAUCUUUCACUCGCCGGAGAUGGAUUCGACACCGUUGUAAAAGCCAAGGCAGCUGUAGAUAGCAAUCCCCAGUGCAGGAACAAAGUUUCUUGUGCAGAUAUAUUGGCAUUGGCCACCAGAGAUGUUGUUAAUUUGGCUGGAGGACCAUUUUAUCAGGUUGAAUUGGGAAGAAGAGAUGGGAGAAUUUCUACAUUGCCCAGCGUUCAAAAUAACCUUCCAGGCCCAGGCUCUAAUUUGGACCAACUAAAUACCAUGUUUGCCAGACAUGGCCUUAGCCAGACUGAUAUGAUUGCACUAUCAGGUGCACAUACGAUCGGGUUUUCUCACUGCAACCGUUUCUCCAAGCGCAUAUACAACUUCAGCCCGAGGAACAGAAUAGACCCAACUCUCAAUUUGCAAUACGCAAUGCAGCUAAGGCAAAUGUGUCCUCUAAGAGUCGACCCCAGAAUCGCCAUAAACAUGGACCCUACAACACCCCAAACCUUCGACAAUGCUUAUUUCCGAAACCUUCAACAAGGCAGAGGUUUGUUUGUCUCCGAUCAAGUGCUAUUUUCAGACAGCAGGUCGAGGGGUACUGUCAAUCUUUUUGCAUCAAAUAAUGCAGCUUUUCAACAAGCAUUUGUGCAAGCUAUGACCAAGUUGGGUCGUGUUGGAGUCUUGAUUGGGAAUAAGGGUGAAAUUAGGUUUGAUUGUACUAGGCCAAACUAG